AUGUCGAAUGAACUCGGAAGAUCCCAAAUCAUGAAAUUGAAAAUUGAUUUCGACGAACAAGCUGGAGACUCGCCUCACUCGGCAUUGGAUAGGAUGGCCGGAGAAGAGGGUUAUGCGGUGACUAUAAACUCAAAUUCAUGGACAAAUGCGGGUCAUGCUGUAAAUCAUGUAUACGACCUUCUUUACAUGAUGGGACGGGAUGAUGUUGCUGUAGGUGUUGGAGGUGAAGACAGUAUUCUUGAAGAUGGUACCAUUUUGCCAAAUGUUGGUGGGUACCUUCCUAUAAUCGAGCAGGGCAAUGGUACAGCAGGAUAUUGCAGAUAUAGACAAGCUAUUCCUGUAGGAUUUGGAGGAAGAUUAGACAUCGACACAAAUUAUGGCUUCAGGAGAAGUUUUCUUCCUCAGGGAAAGAGGAGAUAUUCACCUACACGUCAGCCAACAGCUCAGCAAGUGAUGGUAGACAAAAUAACUGCAAGUCCCAUCACAGUAUUUAUAAUCGGGGCAAGUACAAAUUUGGCAGUUUUUCUAAUGACCAAUCCCCAGUUGAAGAAAAACAUCAAGCACAUUUACAUCAUGGGUGGUGGUGUGAGAUCCAAAAAUCCCACGGGUUGCUGUCCAAAAAACUCGAGCUCAUUUUGCCAGCCUCAACAAUGUGGGAACAGGGGCAAUAUAUUCACUGACUACACUUCAAAUCCUUAUGCUGAGUUCAACAUGUUUGGAGACCCUUUUGCUGCUUAUCAAGUAAUUCAUUCAGGAAUCCCGGUUACUCUUGUUCCACUGGAUGCCACAAACACUAUUCCUAUCACAAGCGAAUUUUACGAGGAAUUCGAGAAGAAUCAGCACACAUACGAGGCGCAAUACUGCUUCAGGUCCUUGAAAAUCGCUCGAGAUACAUGGUUCGAUGAUCAGUUUUUCAUGAGUUACUUCAUGUGGGACUCAUUUUUAUCUGGGGUUGCCACUUCAAUCAUGCUGAAGGAAAACAAUUCAAAUGGGGAGAAUGAAUUUGCCGAGAUGGAGCACAUGAAUAUCACAGUUGUUACUUCAAACAAGCCGUAUGGGAUAUCUGAUGGCUCAAAUCCGUUCUUUGAUGGCCUUUGGAAACCAAAGUUCAACUUGAAGAAAAAUGGUGUCCAUAGUGGCCACGUGUAUGCUAGACUUAGAGAUCCAUUUUGUAUCACCAAGAAUGGGAAGGGCAGGUGCAAGGAUGGAUAUACACAAGAAGUAACUGGUCCAGAAGGGGCGCGUGUUCUUGUUGCGGUCAAAGCAAAGCCUAACCGUGAGAAAAACAGUUCAUUAAACAGAGAGUACUUCAGAAGCUUUCUUGACGUUCUAAAUCGCAAAAAGCAAACAGGAAAGUUCAAUUUUACGACACAAUUUCCUCAUUACCAAGAAGUCAUCUACAACCCCGAUUUUAGUGGAAGACGGCUUGGAAAGAAUGUCGUUUUUGACAUGGAUAUGAGUGCGGGGGAUUUUUUAGCCCUCCUUUAUCUCCUCAAAGUACCUGUCGAAUUAAUAAAUCUUAAGGCAAUAUUAGUGACCACAACUGGAUGGGCAAAUGCGGCAGCAAUUGACAUUGUUUAUGAUUUGCUGCAUAUGAUGGGGCGUGAUGACAUUCCAGUUGGUAUUGGGGGUUUCUUUGCACUCAACCAAUCUAAUCCUAAUUUUCCUUCUACUGGGGACUGCAAGUACAAUAGGGCCAUCCCACAUGGCGCGGGUGGAUUUCUCGACUCGGACACAUUGUAUGGGCUCGCACGUGUUUUGCCUCGAAGCCCUCGGAGAUACACAGCAGAGAACUCUAAGAAAUUUGGAGCUCCUCGAGACACUGAACAUCCAGAACUCAGACAGCCUCUGGCUCUUGAAGUAUGGCAAUCGGUUAUAAAAUCACUCGACUCAGGAUCAAGUAUUACUAUCUUGACAAAUGGGCCAUUAACAACUGUGGCGCAAAUUAUUCUUUCGGAUAAAAAAUGCUCAGCUAUUCAGGAUAUUAUUGUAGUUGGAGGACAUAUUGUGAAGCAUAAAAAGGAUAAAGGCAAUGCAAUCAAUAUUCCUACAAACAGAUAUGCGGAGCUCAACAUGUUUCUUGAUCCUUUGGCUGCAAAGACAGUUUUCAGUUCAGGCCACAGUAUUACCCUAAUCCCACUAAAUGUUCAACGUAAAGUCUGUGGAUUCCAUAAAGCCUUAGCGAGUCUUUAUCUUGUGAAGAAAACACCGGAAGCUUUAUUUGCCAGGCGUUUGCUGUCAAAAUUGCAUCAAUUAAAAGAGGCUAACAGUAGCUAUCAGCAUAUGGAUAUCUUUUUGGGAGAGAUUCUUGGUGCAGUAAUCGUAGGUGGUGGUAACGCAUUGCUAAAUACAAGCUACGCACUAAAGAAUAUUGAGGUCUUAGCAACAGGUAUCGAGUCUGAAGAUGGACGGGUAAUUAUUGGUCAAAACAUAGGUACUUCAGUUAAAGUACUAGAGAAUUUGGAUCCUCAGGCCUAUUAUGGCACUUUUGCAACUAGACUUGGAUGCACAAAACAAUCAGCUGUAAUAGGAAGCUUUGAAGAACAACGAAGAAUAUGGAGUGCUCCACAUAAAUGAAAUGAGAAUUACAAAAGAAUUAUAUUUUCUGCAUGGAGUUUCUUACUCACUUUAUGCAUCCGUUGUGAUUUAUUUUUUUCAGUGAUUUUUUAGCAGCGAAGAGAAAAGAAGCACAUCAUAUACAUUUUUAAAGAAAUAUGUAGUUUUUUUUUUUUUUUUUNU